CAAUUGCUUGUUGUGUUGAUGACCACCACCGGCGACGCCCACAAUCUCAUUGAUUCUCGCCGGACUCACAAUUCCAACUCAACUACCUAGUACCUACGACUACUGAUCCACCUGCUCCCAGGAUAUGGUGGGUGUUCAGGCCAGUCUUCCUUGUACUUGGUCAUUAGGAGGUACGGAGCAUGUCUUGAGAAGAGGAUGUUGUAACUUCCCAUGUUUCAGCAAUUCAGGUUUAGGUUCUUCUGGCAGUAAAUCUCUAUUUUUCCAGAGGCAGUACGUUGUAGAUGAUUCUUGUAUAGGUAAACGUUCACAUCAUAUCUGUUCUAGUAAGAUGGAUGAUAUGGGUGAUGGUACAAGUGAUGACGAGUCUUCUGAAGGUGAAAGUGAAUCAGUGAAUAACGAAAUUCUCAGAGAAAAUCUAGAAAGAAUUAUUGGUGUAGAUGAUUCUGCUUUUUCUGGGAUAGAUUUGGCAACGCUCAUUAGGAAAAAAUAUGGACGAUCAUACGAUGUUCAACUCAUAAAGAAGGAAUUCAUGGGUAAAAAUCUUCUUGCAAUGAAUGUCAUGUGGAAAUACAUGGAACAGAGAUCUUUUCCGCUGACUGAAGAAGAGUACUUGUUGAGGCUUGAUGAUGUGGCAAAUACAUUGAAAUGCUGGGGAGCCGUCUCUCAUAUACGAAGCAGCCUGGAAAAACUAAAAGAGAGACCUAGGAUCGGAAAGGCAGUCAGCAUCUUUAUAGACAUGGAUGAGUCAGGAGGGCGCACAAACGAAUGGAUAUACAAGUAGAUGGACCAUACUUAGUAAAUCUAGUGAUUCCCAAAUCUGACUGUAAUGGCAUCAGUAAAUUACAAUGAACAGAUGCUGGUUGUAUAUUUUCUUUUGAAUCUUUAUAGAUUUCGAAUUAAAGGCAAGAAGCAAUGGGAAUGCUGCCUUGUAAUGUGAUUCUUUAAUAUUCUUUGUAAUUAAUAUAUGGUCUCUCAUGUUCA